GCCUCAAAGAGUCACACAGAUGACUGGGCUCCUGGGCCUUUCUACAAUAAGCCACAGAGGAGUCAGCUGCAAAUAUUCUCUUCUGUUCUACGGACCUCUCUCCUCUUCCUGCUCCUGGAAUUCCUGCUGGAGUCUGGAUCCCAAACCCAUCUGAUUUGGUCUAGAAUUUUCAGAGUGCUCUCCAGAGCCUCAGAAGCCCUGGAAAUCCAAGCUGGGGUCACCCAGAAGAUACCCACAGGCUCCCUACAAGAAAAUUAGCAGCCUUGGACAAAUGCCAGCUUCCUAGAUGCCUUGGACUAAGAGCCUCUGGAGAGGACUCAGCCCCAAGAGUGGUGUCAGGGAUCCUAGGGGGUUCUGUGACUCUCCCACUAAACAUCUCAGUAGACACAGACAUUGAGAACGUCGCCUGGAAUGGUCCCAAAAAUGCUCUCGCUUUUGCAAAUCCCAAAGAUGUAAUCCUUAUGGACAAAAGCUACCAGGGCCGACUAAGCAUCACCAAAUGGAGUUACUCCCUGUACAUCAGCAAUCUGACUCUGAACGAUGCAGGCUCCUACAAAGCCCAGAUAAACAAAAAGAAUUCUAAAGUCACCACUAAGGAAGAAUUUACCCUGCUCAUCUUUGAGCAGCUGCAGGAGCCCCAAGUCACCUUGAAGUCUGUGAAGGUGUCUGAGAACUUCUCCUGUAACAUCACUCUAAUGUGCUCUGUGACGGGGGCAGAGGAAAGUGUCCUAUACAGCUGGACCCCAGGGGACUCCCAUGCUUCUGAGUCCAAUGGAGGCUCCAUUCUUACAAUCUCCCGAAUGCCCUGUGACCCAGACCUGCCAUAUACCUGCACAGCUCGGAACCCCGUCAGCCAAAGCAGCUCCCGCCCUGUCCAUGCUGGGAAGUUCUGUACAGAUCCAGGAGCCUCCAGAGGAGAAACAAUGGGGGAGACUGUGGUAGGGGUCCUGGGAGAGCCAGUCACCCUACCACUGGCACUCCCAGUCACCUGUCGGGACACAGAGAAGGUUGUCUGGAUGUUUAACACGUCCAUCAUCAGCAAAGAGAGGGAAGAAGCAGCAACAGCAGAUCCACUCAUUAAAUCCAGGGAUCCUUCCAAGAACAGGGUGUGGGUCUCCAACCAGGACUGCUCCCUGAAGAUCGACCGGCUGAUGAUAGAGGAUGCCGGUCGCUACCAUGCCUAUGUGUGCUCAGAGACCUCCAGAGUCACCAGCAUGACACAUGUCACCCUGCGCAUCUACCGGAGGCUGAGGAAGCCCAAAAUCACAUGGAGCCUCAGGCACACCGAAGACGGCAUCUGCAGGGUCAGCCUGACCUGCUCCGCGGAGGACGGGGGAAACACCGUGGUGUACACAUGGACCCCACCGCAGAAGGAAGCUGUGGUGUUGCAAGGGAAAUCACACCUCAAUGUCUCAUGGAGAAGUGGUGAAAAUCACCCCAACCUCACAUGCAUAGCCAGCAACCCUGUCAGCAACACUUCCCACCAGUUUCCUUCUGAGAACAUCUGUCCAGGGCCCAGGAGAAACAUGAAGCUUUGGAUUGGGUUGCCCCUGAUGGUUUGCCUUCUGUGCCUUGGGAUCUUCAGCUGGUGGUGCAUUUGGAAGCAGAAAAGACGGUUCCCAGCCCUCUGUUCCAGCCAAGCUGAGGACCCAGCUGACACACCAGAACCCACAGCUGACCACACACUAUACCGCAUGCUUCCCCAAGGAUAUGAGAAGCUGGACCCUCCCACCGGGCCUGCCAGGCCACAGCCCAGGCCCACUUCAGACAGCAGCUCUGACAGCAACACCACAACUGAGGAGGAUGACGACAGGCCUGAGAUGCACAAGUCCAUCAAUGGGAGAGACAGGGUGUAUAACCAGGUCACCCAGGAGGGUGCCGAACAUGACUCAGCCCCAGAGGCCAAAGCAGACUAUAAUCUCGUCACUCCGUACGUCACAGAAGUUGAGUCUGUGGUUGGAGAGAACACAGUAUAUGCACAAGUGUCCUUCAACUUACAGGGAAAGACCCCGGCUUCUCAGAAGGAAGAGAGCUCAGCCACAAUCUACUUGUCCAUACAGAAACCUCAGACGGUGGUGCCACCACCACAACAGGAUGAUCUUAAGAUUCCUGAAAGUCCUACCUAUGAAAAUUCCACCUGAAAGGAAAAGCAGCUGCUGCCUCUCUCCUGGGACCCUGGGGUUGGAGAGUUGGCUGGACCUCACGGGGUCUGGGGCUCGCAGACAGAAGCGCCUCGGAUUUUCCUUCAGUGUCUCAGAGAUGCCUAGAUGUGGCCCCUCCCCGUCCUUCUCACACUCAAGGCCUCCCAAGCCCAUUAAUAAUUCGAACACAGGCUCCUUCUUGGAGUUUACGGGCUUCCAAUGUCUUUGCCCUAUUUGUGUCCUCGCACAUUCAUAGCGUUUCCUCCUUGAAACUCUGCCAAGGCUGGUCAAAUGUUGCUGAGGGGCCUGUGCCAGCUGUCCUUUACACCAUCUUCUCAACACUGCUGAAAUGAACACAAGAGAACUGUCACACAUGACACAAGACGUACGUAAAAUCAUGCUCACUGCAGUGUUAUUCAAAAUAAAAGGCAGGAAAUAA